CAACAUGGCCACUCUGCAACACCACCGGCAGCUCCUGGUGCGUGGCACCGAAGUCAGCUGUGACUCCAGCGGGGACGGAGCCAUGACCGUGCGGAUUACCAACAGCUCGCCACACGGGCACCAACGUGAGCCACUGAGGGCAGUCAACAGUGGAGGAGGAGGAGGAGGAGGCUGUGGGGCUGUGAGUAAACUGAACCCUGACCUCCACAAAUACAGCAUCUCCUCCAGCUGCAGCUCAGCAGAGUCCAGGCCGGCUGUAACCUCCGUUCCUCGGGUGCAGAGGAAGGCGCCUCCUCUGUUCGAGCGCUCUGCUGCUCAGUGCUGGGACCCCAAGUUCGACUCCCCGAUCCUGGAGGAGGCAUGCCAGGAGAGGUGCUUCCCUCAGACGCAGCGCCGCUUCCGCUACGUCCUGUUUUACCUGGCCGUGGCGGCUGUACUCUGGGGGGUGUACUUUGGGGUCAACAAUGACCGUUGCCACCCCGUGCUCUUCCUAGCCCCCACAGCAUCCUUUUUUGUUCUCCUAGUGCUCUUCUUUUUGUUCACCUUCACCCAGCCCUACACGUGGCUGUACAACCAAACCUCUUUGGUCCUGAUAGCGCUCACCUUCGCCAUCACCUUGGCUCCACAGAUACAGACUGCUGGUUUCACUGAUCUGGAGCGGGCGGGCGGUGGGAACGGCUCAUACCGCUCACCGGACGAUCCAGCACAGCCUACAAUCCACUGCAUCUCCCCUGUAGGCACCUUUUCCCUGUGCAUGGAGGUGUUGCUAUUGUUAUACAGUGUCCUCCAUGUCCGUCUGUAUGCCUCAGUGAUGCUUGGGCUCCUCUAUUCUAUAUUAUUUGAGGCAUUAGGAUGGCUGCCAUUGCUUCAAAGGAGUUAUGACACUGACAGACAGGGGACAGGGACAGAGGGUUCAGGUUCUGAUUGGGAGUCGACGCUCGGCUGGCUCGGCCCGGCCAAAGCUCUGCUUCACUUGUGUGCUCAUGUCAUUGGCAUCCACCUGUUUAUCAUGUCGGAGGUUCGUUCCCGCAGUACUUUUCUCAAAGUGGGCCAAUCUAUCAUGCACGGCAAAGACUUGGAGGUGGAGAAGGCCUUGAAGGAGCGCAUGAUUCACUCUGUGAUGCCACGGCGAGUUGCAGACGAGCUGAUGAAGCAGGGUGACGAUGAGGGCGGCGGCGAGAACUCUGGCAAGCGUUAUUCCUCCGGUGCUUGCUCUGCCUCGGCCGUCUCGAUGGGUGGUGGAGGAAGCUGUGGAGUCUCACAAGCCCAAAGUUCCACAAGCCCCAAAAAUCACGCUCACAACAAUCACAAACGCAAGAAGACCUCCAUCCCCCGGGGACAGAUCAUAUUUAGGCCCUUUAACAUGAAACGCAUGGAGCCUGUGAGCAUCCUCUUUGCAGACAUUGUGGGUUUCACCAGAAUGUCUGCCAACAAGUCCGCCCCAGCCCUGGUGGGCCUUCUCAAUGACCUGUUUGGACGUUUUGACCGGCUCUGUGAACUAACCUGCUGUGAAAAGAUCAGCACCCUGGGAGACUGCUACUACUGCGUGGCAGGGUGUCCCGAGCCCAGGCCGGACCACGCCCACUGCUGUGUAGAGAUGGGCCUGGGCAUGAUCCAGGCCAUCGACCAGUUCUGCCAGGAGACGUGUGAGGCGGUCAGCAUGCGUGUCGGCGUCCAUACGGGUACCGUGCUCUGUGGGAUCCUUGGAAUCAAGCGCUUCAAGUUUGAUGUAUGGUCUAAUGACGUCAAUCUGGCUAACUUGAUGGAGCAGCUAGGUGUGGCAGGCAAGGUCCACCUGUCAGAAGCCACUGACCGAUUCCUGGAUGACCGUUACCAGAGCGAGGACGGGCGGGUGGCAGAGAGAGCUGGCCAGAGUGUGGUGGAGAAACUAAAGGGGCUGCCGACCUACCUGAUCUCAGGGAGGAAGGUUGUGCUGGAUGUGCAGUGUGGCUGUUCUCAGGUGGGACUGCCUGGUGGGGACUUUGCCGUGGUCGGCCUGUCCUCAUGUCCUCAGCACCACACACCAGACCUCAUCCCUGGGGGAGCGCAGGCUGCAGAGCUCCUGCUGCCCCACCAGCCACCAGACAGGAUCGGGCCUCCCUGUGUGUCCCGUAGCGUGGCCUUGUCUGUGGGGACAGAGCAGGGCGAUGAUGUGACUGUGUUGAAUGGCUGCCAUGAAGAGCACAAGACAAGUAGUGCCAAGUUCAUCCCAGGUCACAGCCCCCGGGCGGCCAACGGCCUCCUGAGUCCCCCACUGGAAGACCCAGUGCGGGCCAGCCAGAGCUCCUUGUGCGACAUGCUUCAGGAGAAAGAGAAGAAGACCAGCACCAGCACGGGGACUGGCACCAGUCUAGGCAUGGCUGGAGGCACGGGGGCAGCGGGUCCCGGUAUGGACCACUCCGCUCUGAUCCAGCUGCGUGCCAAGAGCUUCCGAGAGAAGAGCGAUGCCCACUUUGUGGACGUUAUCAGGGAGGACAGUUUGAUGAAAGAUUACUUUUUCAAGCCACCCAUCAACAAGAUCAGCCUCAAUUUCCUAGAAAGAACUCUGGAAAAGGCCUAUCGCAGCAGCUACAAGGAGGAGGUAGACAACCAGGCUCAGGUGCAGACGUUUGCCAGCUCCACCUUCAGCUCCUUCCUGGACGUUCUCCUCAGCUGUUUUGUCUUCCUGGCUCUGACCCUGGCCUGCUUCCUGCCACCUCUCGUGAGCCCAGCCAGUGUGGGCCCUCCAGCCCCUGCAGCCCUGGCCCUGGCUCCCCUGGCCGGUGUGCUGGAGCUGGCCUCUCUGGUGCUGUCCAUACGUAUGGCCUUUUAUCUUGAGGAGGUGAUGAACUGUACCCGCUCCCUGCUCCUGAUGGUCUCUGGAUGGAUUCCCCAUCAUGUGAUUGGGGCCGUGUUAGUUUCCCUUCCUGCCAUCUCCGUCUUAUCCCAUCUCACAACCAGCGUCCACCUGCCCCUCCAGGUGACCAUGUUCCUGUGCUGUGCCACCAUCCUGGCCAUCAUCCAGUACUGUAACUUCUGUCAGCUCAGUUUCUGGAUGCGCUCGGUCCUGGCCACGGCGACGGGGGUCGCUCUGCUGAUGCUGCUGUACAGCCCCUUACACAGGUCCGGUAAUAACAACUUGCCAGUUCAUGGACUGAACGUCUCCACAUCGAGUGAUGGCGGCUCAGAAUCAGGCCCUGACCCUCUCCCACGACCUCUCGACCUUUUGGUCCCUGAGGCCGUCCUGGCUUUCUUCCUGCUUCUUCUGCUGGUCUGGUUCCUCAACCGGGAGUUUGAGGUCAGCUACCGUCUCCAUUACCAUGGCAACGUGGAGGCUGACAAACAUCGCUCCAAGAUCCAGAUGAUGCGCGACCAGGCCGAGUGGCUCCUGGGCAACAUCAUCCCCAUCCAUGUCGCUGACCAGCUCAAGGUGACCCAGAGCUACUCCAAGAACCACAACAGUGUUGGCGUGAUCUUCGCCAGUAUUGUGAAUUUCAGCGAGUUCUAUGAAGAGAGCUACGAGGGUGGGAAAGAGUGCUAUCGUGUCCUCAACGAGCUCAUUGGAGACUUCGACGAGCUCCUUCGCAAACCUGAAUUCAAUAGCGUGGAAAAAAUCAAGACAAUCGGCGCCACCUACAUGGCGGCGGCGGGACUGAACGUCCAGCAGCUGGCUGAGAACGAGGACGACUCUCCGCACGCACACCUGAGGGCCCUCUUCGACUUCGCCCUGGAGAUGAUGGGCGUCCUGGACGACUUCAACAAGAACAUGCUCGGUUUCGGUUUCAAGCUCCGUAUUGGAUUUAACCACGGGCCACUGACCGCCGGGGUGAUCGGCACCACUAAGCUGCUCUAUGACAUCUGGGGAGACACGGUCAACAUCGCCAGCCGCAUGGACUCCACGGGUGUCGAGUGUCGGGUGCAGGUGAGCGAGGAGAGCCACGCUAUGCUUAGCGCCAUGGGGCUGGAGUUUGACUAUCGAGGAACUGUGAAUGUUAAGGGCAAAGGUCAAAUGAGGACCUUUCUAUACCCCAAAAGUGGGGAAAGUAUAUUGCAAGAGUGCAUGGAGCAAGCCAUCGGGGAAGGACCCUCGUCUGUGGAAUUACCGGCCAAUAAGACUUCAGGAUCUGUUCCCCAGGCAGCAGGUUCUCCUCCCUCUUCUUCCUCUUCUUCUCCUCCUCAGCCUUCAGGAGCAGGGCCUGAGCCUGUCCCAGCUCAGUCUGCAGAGAUGAGGGAGGAAGGAUAUAGGGACGCUCCACAACUCCACGGGCAGCCGACUGCCACAGACAUUCACCCCCCUCCCCUCUCUGAACUAGACCCAGAACCUAGUGCUGCACAAAUGCCCUCCCAGGAGCAGCCUGCUCCUCUCGCACUUCAAGAGGAGGAGGACGAAGAGGAGGAAGCCACUGAGCUGUCAAAACUCAACGAGGAGUUUUAUGCUCGUCUCUGAUCCGUCUUCCUCUCCCCUCCCCCCUGUCUCCUGUCCCUGAUCUGCAUCCCCAGGACUGAUUGCAGGUGCAGGGCAGGACGUCCCUCCCAUUAGACAGAGUGUCUUCAGCAUGGUUGAAGAAGUGGGAGUUAAUCACGCCAACACCAACAGUGGCCACAGUGGCGAUUAAAGUGGCCAACAACAUCUUUUACAGGAAUGCUGCCUGAGUGCUGGGGUGGGUUAGACCUGUGUUGAGCACAGCCGUUUAUUAUGGAGAAAAGGUUGAAAGGGAUUAAGAGGGAAAAGAAGACUUUUUGGAGAUGUUGUUGAUGUUUUUUCUUUUUAUUGUUAUCAAGUGCCUUCAGGACUAGAAAAGUGAACAAACAAAUAUGAAUGCUGAACAAAGUUUUAUCAAUCUUAGACUACGGAAGAUGCUGUGGUUUCUUACUCCAUGCUCUUAUUUUCAAUGCAAGUAUUUCUUAAAAGAAUCAUUAUUGUCACGGCAUAUCAUUUCUUCAAACUUGAUCAAAGCCUUGACCUUAUACUUAAGGGAAAAAAAUAGAUUCUUUAUAAGUGCCAGUGCAGCGUGAUGGGCUGAGCAGGAAAACUAAGGGAAGAAUGAGGGAAUCACAUGAAGCAGUGUUAAUUUAUAUGUUGUGCUUUGACAUGAGGGCUUAAUACAUUAUUCAUUUGUCCUAGACUCAAAUGCUACAAAGCAAGCUGCAUAGAUUUUAGUUUGUGUAGCAGCUAAAUGCACAUUUUAAGCACAGGUCUUGCACAGUUUUUUUCUCUACCACUUGUAUUUGGUAGUUAUUACCGGGAGAAGGCUUUUAAGAUGCUUUAACAAGAGUUAUUUUCUUUCACAACAAGUACAUUCAAAAGCACAAAAUCAGAUAAGGGAAUACAGUUUUGGAAGAAAAUGUGAUUUUUUUAAAAGUGAGAUCGUAAGAAAAGUAGAAAGGCACUUUAAAUAUGCUUUAGGGGUUAUUCCACAUUUGAGUAACAGACUCUCACCCCACGUAGAACAAAGAGGUGGCUGUAAAAACGUAUGUUAGUCAAAAAACAGAUGGCAAUUGUGAUCAACUUUAGUUGAUGCUUAAAUUGGAUUUUGCUGAAACUUAUCAAACCAAUCCUGCACUAUAAUCUAUGAUGGAGUAUCCCAGUCAUAUUGAUGAAAAACUAAAUAAAUGUCAGAUUUCGAGAAUUUUGUAAUAUUAUAAGGACAAAUUCAUAAAAUAAUGAAAACAAAGUAUUAUAUGAGUACAGCUGUAAUUCAAUGGCAAAUAAGUCAUAAUAGUAUGAGAAUAAGGAAACAAAAAUUUAGCAGCAAGGAGAAUGCUCGCUUGAGUUUCCCUCCUUCUGGAUCCUUAUCUCGAUCACUUAUCUCACAGUUUCUAGAGAAAGUACAAAACUCACACAGAUGUUACCAACGUUAUCAAGCAUUUUCCCCCACACAAUGGAAGCAACGUCUGAGUGAAUCUUUCUUUGGAAUAAACACACUUUCUUACAAAAUCUGUUCAAAGUCCUGAUACUUGAGAUAAUGUGGUGCUGACAAAAGAUUAAAUAUUUUAGUAUUUGUAAAAUUUAUACUGACGUACAACUUAACAAGGUGCUUCACAUUUCUCAUAUUAACAUAGGCUGAUCUUCUGAUAUCCCCCCUCUAACAUUUUAUGCAGCUUAUAUGCUUACUUAAUUCUUCAAUUGUCAGAUUUUACCCCUUUAAUUUGUCCUAAUACUCAGUUGUAAUAAGUUGCUCCAGUGUCAGAACAUCUUUAUUGGAGCAGAGCCUCACAGGCUAGAUUGUACGCUGCUGUGCUGUAUAAAAAAACGCUAACUAAAACCUUUUUACACACUAAAAAUUUUAUAUUUUGUUGCAAAUUCAAUGAAAAGACCAAAACCAACAAAGUGUGAAUGCAUCUCUCAACACUUCCUCACUUUUCCAUCCUAGUAUUUUGGGGCGUGAUGACAGGAACGACAUGCAACAAAGGUGCCUGGACAUACAUGAACUGGGGGAUGCUGUGGUUUAUGGUCAGAAGCACCUUAACUCAUAGGCCACCAGGGAAGUACAUUUUGUAUUUGUUGAGGGGACUAUUUUCAGUGGUGGAUUUGCUGUGGUAGUUGGUAUUUAUGGCAGCAGGACAGUGCAUGUGGGAUUAACCUAAAAUAAACGACUGACCCCUUAUUUAGUCAAGAAGGGAGCAUGUCUUUCUCCCAUCACUAACAAUGCACCUCAGAGAAUCUAAAUAUAUCAGCUUUGGAUACAUUAAUUACAUUAGAUUUCUUGUUGGUUUAAGGUCUUUUCAUGGGAUAAAAAGAGAGAAUGUGACCAGACUUAAACUUUAAAAGCCACAGUGGGGUGAGAGUUUGAUACCCAGAAAAUAUGUUGAGGGUGGAUUAGGCAUUGGAAGUGAAUUGUGAGGGACAAUCACUGCGUAGUUCUCGAUAAAUGACAGGGUGGUCCACGUUGCUCUUGGUUGCAUCGAAGCACAGAUCAGCUACGGUCUCGGUCUCUUCUGUAGAACCUCAGACUCAAAUUAAGGGACGAUCCAUUCUUUGCCUUCAUUGCUGAAUAAAAUAAAUCAACAUCGGUCCGUCCAGUACUUUAGAUUUACUCAGUAGCUCAGUAUUGUCUGCCUUUGGCUGUGUGAUUUGUCGUUGAAGGGCUGGGACGUUUCUCUUUUACCCUGUUAUGCCCCUUCAUUGAGGGGAGCCUCUACUGUAACAAUAUACUUAAAUUUUGCCACUUUAAUUGAGUGAUCUAUAGGUGCAGUGCAACCUAAAGUAGCUGAUUGUUUUGUGGUGCCUAAAACUUUGACUGUAUUUUUUGAGUACUUUGGUUUUCAGAACGUUUUUUUUAUCAUGCUGUUGUCAUAAUGAGAGUAGAUUAUGAUUGUAUGUUUGAUGAAAUUAUGCUCGUUGUGCAGGUUUUUCUGCAUUUGAUUGGACAAAUUCCAUCUUCUUUUUCUUUUUGCUCUUUUCCAGUUCCUUCAUUCUGUCAUUAACUGGCUGCCUGGAAUAAUAUGGUGGUGUCCCCAUCGAAUACCUGGAACGUCUGAAGCUCUCUUUGCUCUUCUACUCACUUCAUGCUUUGUCUUUACUCCUGAAAACACUUGUUUCCCUGUGUGUAUGAGAGAGAAAGAGAAAGAUAUUUAAGUAUUACUACAAUUCAAAGUCAAUCACCCAUGAGAGAUUACUGUUAAGUGAUUCAAAAGGUAAAUAAUCAAUGUCAUACCAAAUGUAUGGCCUCUAUUUAACUGUGAUUUUGCUGAUGCUGCCUUAUCCGUAGAGGAUUCACAAAGUUGCAUUCUUUGAAAGGGAGAACAGACAAAUCCUGUUUGAAAUCCUGUUUGAAAUCCUGUUUGAAAUUUUCUAAAUGAUCCUGCAAAUAUGGACCACCACCAUAGUUUAGUGACAGGUCGACAUUUCGGCUUUCAAUAAUCUUCCUUUUGAAGCAAUGACCACACGCAUAGAUACAAAGAUGUAAUUAAAACAUUCAAAUAACUCUAUUUAUGUAGCCACCUAAGUCUGUAACUUAAAGAUCAUCCUUGUUUUCCUCUGCCAAUGUGCACAACAAACAUACACAACCAGUGCCUUUUGAAUUAUGGAAAUGUCAGCUCAGAUUAUCUGUAUCAAAUAAUCAUGAUAACCCCAGUAGCAUAAAAAUCCAAAGACAUUUCUCUAUCGGAGCUGUCCCCAGAAUAACACAAAAAUAGCUUCAUCAGAUCUGCUCUGCAUAAUCUUUUUCACUGCUUUUAGUAGCGUUCCAAAAAGCACAUCUCUCACUCCGCUAUUAUAAUGCAUAUUGUCACCAUGCUCAUGCCUAAUUAAUCACAACACACAUGGUAAUGGAAACAAAUGAGAAUGCAAAGUAUUAAUUGUGAAGGAAGGUUUCUCCCCCCCACACACAUACACACGCACACACGUUUUACAGAUUACCCUUCUGCCUUAAUGUCAUGAGAUAAUCCUCUGGGAUUUUCAGGCCACUGCUCUGUAGCUGUCCAUAAAUCAGAUACAAUCCAUAGUAGAUUUGAGGUGUGGGACUCCACAGGUUGAUGGGCACACCACCUCUCCAAUACAGCGCACAUCUGUACACACGUAUGAAUAAAAUAUUACGGUGAACACUGCUGGCUCUGUGAUCUGUGGGGGAGGAGAAUGUGUUCUUGUUCCCAUGGGUAUGAAUGGACAAUUUUCUUGUUUGCUCGACACACUACAUUUUAGCUUGAUUCUGUACCAUACUCAUAAACUUUCAUUUAAU